UGCGCCAAAAGGAUAAAAAUGUCCUUGUGCCCAGAGUACCAAGAUAAGCCAGAUAACCAAUUUUGGCUUUGGAUCUUAGGUUUAGGGCCCGCUUGAAAAUGUCCACCUCUUGCGAUGAUGCAAUUGUGUGAUGGGUUUCUAGGCUUGCCUGACUCCAGUCUUUCAACUGCUGGGAUGAAUGGCUUCAUGUGUUCCUAUUUUUUGGACCGAGAGUUUUUCUUGUGGUGGGGGUGCUUCCUCAUACAGAUCAUUGGAAGUGCAUAUCACCGAUGUCGGGUUGGUUCUCGGGGAAGCGGAUGGUGGCGGACAGAAAGAAGAAAAAGAAGGAAAACAGAACUCCGGCUGGUCCACACCAAGAGGAAAAUCCUAGCGGAGUGAAAAGAAUCGUCUUCACUCGCCUCCAAAAAAGCCUGCGGUUCGCAUGAGAAGCGCGAACUCAGAUGAGAACCCGCCGACUCCAUAGUUCAUGCAGCAAGCCAGUAGUAGCAUGCAUGGGCAGCAUGAU